AUGGCACCUCGUUUCAAAGGUCUCAGUCAGGACGAAAUUAAAAAGUUGCUAAGAAAUUUAGAAGACACUUUUGAUGAUACAGAUUUGGACUGUUCAGAUACAGAAGAAAUAUGUUUUAAUCAAUCUUUUAAUGAAGAUAAAGUUGCCGAUAACUUCAAAAGCAACGCUAAUAAUUUAUUUGAAUGGAGACAGCCAAAUGAAUUGUUUAAAACGUUAACCAUAGAAACUAAUCGAUAUGCUUCUCAAAUCUUAGAGUUACGGCCAGAUAUAAGAGGAAAAAGAAAACAUGAAACCGACUGGACGGCAGUUACAUCUGAUGAGCUUCAGAAAAUUUUUGGAUUAGUCUUACUCACGGGACAUGUUGAAAAGGACAGCAUUCGAGAUUAUUGGUCCACAGAUGAUUUAAUUGACACACCAAUUUUUUGUAAGACUGUGGAAAAUUCAAAAGUGUUUUAUCAUUUAAAAACAGCUAAUAAACUGAUUUACAGCCCCGCAGAAGAACUCGCGAUAGAUGAAAUUAUUGUCAAAUUUAAAGGGCGAGUAAUAUUUAGACAGCAUAUCCCAAAGAAACGCAAGCAGUGGAGUAUAACAUUAUACAAGAUCGCUGAUAAGGAAGGUAUGGAAACAAUGGAGAAUCAGACUGAAGAUACUUUAAUGCAGGAAGAACAUGCUGAAGUACAUGAUACUCCUGAAUUAAAUUCCAGUGAUAUUCUUAACAGUAAAAAGGAAAAACGUAAAAGAAAGGUGGUUCAGAGAUCUGAGCCAAGCCUUAAUAUCACAGAAUUUGAUUUAACUGAAAUUGGUAAAGAAAAGGUGAAAUUGAAAGAAUUAAUUAAGACCUCUCGAAACAACAGUGGACAAAUGCUUGUGAAAAAACAGCUUGAAAAUGCAAAAAAGUUGAAGCGUCUUUCAGUUCCUCUCAGCAAACCACAAUUAGAAAAGAUAAAAAGAACUGUUGCAUAUGAGAAAGUUUGUAAUGAAGUUUCUAAAUGGGAUCCUGUUGUUAGAAGUAAUCGUACGGCUGAUCAGAUUGUAUUCCCUUUGAAAAAGGAAGAAUUACGCCUUGAAAGUCUUGAUAGAGUUUCUGAAAACUUUGUGACAAAGCACCCGGUUGAAGUAGCUGUUUCAGAACUUCUACAGAAGAGUGAAAAUAUUCUGGAUAAAGAAAAAGUACUUACUCCUGCAGAGGAAAAAGCUCUACAAGCAAUGAGUUUAGAAGAGGCUAAAUUAAGGCAUAGUGAACUAAUGAAGCAUAGAGCACUGAUAUCAUAUAAAGAAGCUAAAGCAAGGAGGCAAAAUAAAAUAAAAAGUAAAAGAUAUCAUCGAAUUCUGAAAAGAGAAAAACUGAAGAAAAUGAUGAAAGAAUUUGAAGAAUUACAGAAAACAGAUGCUGCAGCUGCUCUUGAAAAAUUUUUAGAAGCUGAUAAACUUCGAAUACUAGAAAGAAUGACUUUAAAACAUAGAAACACUGGAAAAUGGGCAAAGCAGCAAAAAAUAAGAGCUAAAUAUAAUCCUGAGAGUCGUUCCAAUUUAAAAGAAGAUAUUUUGAUUGGUCGUCAGUUGAGGGAAAAAGUAGCAGUAGAUGACUCCACCAUAGCAAGUUUAAAAGCAAAAUCUCGUUAUUAUUCUGCAAAUGUAGAUGAGCCUAAUAUGGAUCUGAUACACAAUCGUGGCCUUGUUGAAGAUGUAAGAAGUGCUGAAAAUCCUGUUGUCGAUGUCGAAUCUUGUAUUUCUGU